AUGGCCGAAAUCCUGUUUAAGAGUAUCCCCUACACUUUCAAAGACCCCUCCCUCCUGGACACGCGCGCGUUCAUCGGCGGACAAUGGGUCCCUGCGUCUAGCGGCGAGACAUUCCCCGUUUACGACCCCUCCGAUAACGCAAAUAUCUGGGACGUCGCGGAUCUAAACUGCGACGACACGCGACGAGCCAUCGAAGCUGCACAAACGGCCUUCAAAACCUACCGCAAAACCUCCCACCGAGAGCGCCGCUGGCUGAUCCGGCGCUGGGCCGAUCUCAUCAAAGCCAACGCAGAUGACCUCGCGGCAAUAUGUACGCUCGAGCUAGGGAAGCCCUUUAAGGAGUCUCUGGUGACAGUCAAGUACGGCUGCGACUUCCUGGACUGGUUCGAGUCCGCGAUCGAGCGACACUACGGCGAAACCAUCCCGGCCGCCAAAGGCGACAACCGGAUCUUCACGAUCCGCCAGCCGCAGGGGGUCGUCGUCGCCAUUACACCCUGGAACUCGCCCAUCGCGAUGGUUACCCGCAAGGUCGGGGCGGCAAUCGCGGCGGGCAAUACCGUCGUGUGUAAGCCGGCGCCCGAGACACCGCUGUGCGCGAUUGCAGUGGCCAAGUUGUUUGAGCGAGCGGGUGGGCCAGCCGGGGUGCUGAAUAUCCUCACGGCUUCGGCGGCGAGAGCGCCUGAGGUUGGGAGGGAAUUUACGGACAAUAAGCAGGUGCGGCAUCUUAGCUUCACGGGGUCGACGGCUAUCGGGCGCUAUCUGCAUGCUGAAUGUGCGAAGAGCUUCAAGAAGACGAGUAUGGAGCUUGGCGGGAAUGCGCCGUUUAUUGUCUUUGGCGAUGCUGAUUUGGCAAAGGCCGCGGAGGGAGUGAUCGCGUCCAAGUUCCGCUCAUCCGGCCAGACAUGCGUGUGUGCGAACCGGAUGUUUGUCCACGCCUCGGUCAUUGAUGCAUUCGCAGGCCUCUUAUCCCAGAAGGUCCAAGAGACGUUUCACAUCGGGUCUGUCUGGGACCCCAAAUGCAACUUCGGCCCCUUGUAUUCCCCCAAAGCGUUUGAGAAGAUCAACGCGCAGAUACAAGACGCGAGAGACGGAGGAGCAACUAUCGUACUCGGUGGAAGUGCUGCCAGCACCACUAAGUAUGGCCCAAACUUCUUCCCCCCGACGAUCAUCAAGGGUGCGCGGCCGGAGAUGCUCUUCAUGAAGCAGGAGACCUUUGGCCCGGUGGCGUUUCUAGUGCCCUUUGAUACAGAUCAAGAAGCAAUUAACUUGGCGAACAACACGGAUUCUGGCCUUGCGGCGUACUUUUAUACCGAGGACAUUUCGCGGGUGUGGAGGGUGAGCGAGGAGCUGGAGGCGGGAAUGGUUGGGGUUCGCGUUGGCUUGAUCAGUGCGUGUGAGCAGCCAUUUGGGGGCAUCAAGGACAGUGGGACUGGCCGGGAGGGGGGCAAGGAUGCACUGGAUGAGUACACGGAGGUCAAGAGUGUGACUGUGGGGGUUUAA